CUUAGUGGAGGAGGGACUAUGAUAAAUCUUGGCUUCGUUGCCCUUUGACUUAAAAACACUCAAUUAUAGACUUUUUCGUGGGUUGUGAGUGUCACGUUUGGAAUUACUGAUUGUCUAAUUGUAUGGAAAGUAUCUGGAUCGAGUGACAUUUAAAUGCAGUGAGUGACUGGUCGGCGGCCACAGCGAUGGUGGGUGACAGGCGGCAUCCCCUGCUGGCACAGAUGCCCGCCCCGCCCACCCACGCCCAGCGACCGGGCAUGGUUGGGGUUCCGGGCGUGGGCGUCAAGCUCAUGCAGGAACCCGGCUUUGCCGCCCACGACUCCCACCUGUACGCCCACCGGGAUCUCCAGCAGGCGUCAGGAGGCGCGAGGUACCGGGAGGAUCACUCGGCCGCCUCGUCCUCCGCCUCGGCGCAAGGCCUCAGGUACUUCCACAUGGCCGCUGCAGGAGGCGCCGUCGGGGAGGACGAGGGCGGCCGGCGACAGAGGGCGCUGUCCCCGGGGUCGCAGCACUCGGCGGCCGCCACGUUCUUUGCAAGGUGUGAAUAG